AUGCCAGGAAAAGGCAGGAAGCAGAAAACAGCCCAUGUAGGCCCCGACCAGACACCGAGCUCGCGUGAUAUGGACGCCCACGAGGAAUCCACUGAUGACGAAGAAGAUACCUCUAACCGAGCCGUAUUGGCGGCCAUCACAGCCCUCAAAGGUAUGACAAAACCGAGGGACUUUAUUGCCACUUUACUGAAGGAUGCCCUCGCACUAAAUGAACAACCGAUGAUUGACAGAGCUCACAGAACUCUACGACAGCGUCCGAGUCCAUCUGAGCCCCCACGUCCCUUUGUUAUACGCAUUCACCACUAUCACGUUUUGGAAGAGAUCCUUCGCAAAGCGGCCACGAUUAAAAACCUCCAAUAUCAAGGCAAAACUAUACGAAUCUUCCCCGACUACCCUCCUACAGUGGUUAAGCGAAGGGCCCUAUUCAACAGAGCAAGACAAGUACUACGCAAUCAACCAGACGUCAGAUAUGGCCUGCUCUACCCUGCAAGACUCCUGGUGACACACAACGGCUCCCAGCUAUCCUUCACCGACCCACAGAAGGCUGAGGAGUAUGCUGAACGUCUCACGGGCUCGGCGCGUCCCCAGAUGGUAGAAGCAAUGUGA